AUGACUGUAGCCUUGCCAAAUACAUAUCGCACUGUUGUUGAAGAUCUUCCUGCUAUUCCUGAAGGAUGGGUUCAGGGGAAUCCCCCAUCCCCCGAAACCUCCGUUCGCAUGAACUUGGCUGUGGGCCAACGGAACACUCGUACAUUUGAGCAAAUAGUUCUCGACAUUUCAACUCCAGGUCAUCGAAACUAUGGCAAGCACUUGUCCAGGAGGGAUCUGAAAGGUCUUCUCCGCCCACGCCGGGAGACUUCGAACUUGAUAUUAUCCUGGCUUGAAGAAUCUGGCGUCCCUAAACGGUCAAUUGUGGACGAUGGAGACUGGAUACAUUUUGUCAUUUCAAUCUCCCAAGCUGAAAGGAUGCUUCAAACCCGGUUUUAUUACUUUCAUGACGUACAAGACCCAGGAAUCUCCAUGAUCAGGACUUUAAAAUACUCCGUCCCAUCUCGUCUGGCGCGCCAUGUUUAUAUGAUACAACCGACUACGAAGUUCGGGAAACCAAAGAAACACGCCAACUCGGUCGCUAGCCUACAAGUCAUCUAUUCGUCUACUAAUGCAACCGAAAAUUGCAAUGCUACGAUAACUCCAAGAUGUUUACGAGAGCUUUACAAAAUGGGAGACUACGUAGCCAAGCCGGACUGCAGAAAUGUCAUUGGGAUCUCAGGCUAUCUGGACCAAUACGCCCGAUAUAGCGACUUUUACAAAUUCCUUGAGCUCUAUGCACCUGAAAUGAAAGGUGCUAACUUUUCUGUGGCACACAUUGGAAACGGCCAAAAUCUACAAAACUCCACCAGAAACAGCAUUGAAGCAAGCCUAGACAUUGAGUAUGCUCUUGGUCUAUCGAAUGCAUCAGCAGUGUUUUAUACAACUAGCGGUAGAGGUCCCCUUGUUCCGGAUCUUGAUCAACCUGAACAAGAACAUAAUUCAAACGAACCAUACCUAGAUCAAUUGCAUUACCUUCUAAGUUUACCUCAGGAAGCACUUCCCGCAGUCCUCUCAACAUCCUACGGAGAAAAUGAACAGAGCGUACCUGAAAGGUUUUCCCAUGCAACUUGCAACCUAUUUGCUCAACUAGGUGCCCGCGGGGUCUCGGUUAUUUUCAGUAGCGGAGAUAGUGGUGUCGGCUCAUCUUGCUUAACAAAUGGUAAAAAGAAGAUUACCCGCUUCAAUCCUACUUUCCCAGCCAGCUGUCCAUUUGUCACCUCUGUUGGCGCAACUUUUAAAAUCAACCCUGAGCGAGCUAUUGGGUUCUCAUCCGGUGGAUUUUCAGAUCGCCAUUCUCGUCCAGUAUACCAAAAUGAUGCUGUUCAGCAUUAUCUGGAUAAACUUGGAGAUCAGUGGAAAGGGCUCUAUAAUCCUAAAGGGCGUGGAAUUCCCGAUGUCUCAGCCCAAGGGGCCAAUUUUGCGAUCUAUGACCACGGAAAAGUGAUCACGGUCUCUGGAACAAGGUUAGAUGUCCAUCCUCGGUUCCAGAAAUACUUUCGGGUGUAA